UAAUUUCUUCACUCCAUCCAGCUCUCUUUACAGUAUCGCGCAACGUGACUCUCCAUCUCUCUCUCUCUCUCUCUCUCUCUCUCUCACAAAAGCUAUCAAUGGCCAACCAAAACCAUCAUCAAUAACAAAAACCCCAGAAAAAAAUACUGCUAAAUGUACAUGGACAAAAUGAGAAUUGUCUGCCUCUUCAUCUUCAUCCUCUUCUUUUCCACAGUGCUCUCUGAGGACUUCUUUGCUGCUCUUAACGACGAAGUCCUCGGCCUCAUCGCCUUCAAAUCCUCUGUCGAAGAUCCAACCUCAGCUCUUUCCUCAUGGACUGCCUCUGACGCAAGCCCGUGCUCGUGGCAUCACGUCGAAUGCGACCCUUCAACAUCCCGCGUUGUUCGCCUCUCUCUCGAAUCCCUCUCCCUUUCUGGUGGUCCUCCUCUCUUCCGUGGCCUCGACAAGCUUCAAUCUCUUCAGUCUCUCUUCAUCAGCAGCAACAAUCUCUCUGGCUCUAUGUCUACUGGACUCUCACUAUUGCGUAGCCUCAGAGUUCUUGAUUUUUCCAAUAACCUCUUGUCUGGGUCCGUUCCUGAUGAUCUUGGUCGCAUUCCUACACUCAGGUCACUCGAUCUUAGCGGAAACUUGCUCUCUGGGCCGAUUCCGGAGUCCCUGUUCUCUUCAUCAGCUUGCUCUUCUCUUCGAUUCCUUUCGAUGUCGAACAACCAGUUUCUUGGACGUAUUCCUUCCUCGAUGUCGCAAUGCAGGUUCUUGCUUCAUUUGAAUCUCUCGAACAAUAGGCUUUCUGGGUCACCAGAUUUUGCCAGAGUAAUCUGGCCGUUGACAAGGCUGAGAGUUCUUGAUUUGUCAAACAAUUCACUGUCUGGACCAGUCCCUGAAGGGAUUGCCAGUGUGCAUAAUCUGAAAGUUAUUCACUUGAAUGGAAAUCGAUUCGCAGGGCCAAUUCCAAUUGGCAUUGGCCUCUGUCCUCAUCUUUACAGCGUCGACCUUAGCAGAAACAUGUUCGACGGAGCUAUUCCUUAUACAAUGCGGUCGCUUUUCUCUUUGUCCUUCUUGAGUUUGUCAAUGAACAAGUUCUCUGGCCAUUUACCCUCUUGGAUUGGCAAUCUUAGCUCGCUCAAACACUUGGACUUGUCAGGCAACAAGCUUGUUGGUCCAAUGCCUGAUUCAUUAAAGGGGCUAAAAGAUUUGAACAAUUUGAGUUUGGAAAAUAAUUUCCUCACUGGGAUAAUUCCCGAAUCAAUAUCUGAAUGUACUAAACUUAAAGAGAUCCGGUUGAAGGCGAACCAGCUGAACGGGAGUAUUCCACAUAGCUUAUUUGACCUAGAACUUGAAUUUCUGGACUUGUCAUCAAACAAUCUCACUGGAGCAGUUCCUGCAGUUUCGAGCAAACUGGCAAGCAAUGUUCGAUGGCUUGAUUUGUCUAACAAUAGGCUAACGGGUGGAAUUCCGUCAGAGAUGGCACUGUUCUUCAAUUUAAAUUACCUGAAUCUUUCAUGGAAUGGCCUAUGGUCUCAGCUGCCUCCAGAGCUAGGAUCCUUUAGGAACUUAUCGGUAUUGGAUCUUCGCGAUAACAAAUUCUUUGGUGUUAUACCAGGAGAUCUUUGUGAAUCUGGGAGCCUGUCAGUCCUUCAGUUGGAUGGUAAUUUAUUGAAUGGUCAUAUACCUAAUGAGAUUGGGAAUUGCUCCUCUCUCUACUUGCUGAGCUUAUCACAUAAUGAACUGAGCGGCCCGAUUCCUGCAGAAAUGUCCCAGCUGAAGAAGCUAGAAAUCCUCAAGUUGGAGUUCAACAACUUGACGGGAGAAAUCCCUCAACAGCUCGGAACACUUGAAAAUCUACUUGCUGUCAACAUUUCGCAUAAUCAGCUCAUCGGUAGGCUCCCUAUGGGUGGCAUCUUCAAAAGCUUAGAUCGAACUGCAAUUGGAGGAAAUUUAGGCAUCUGCUCUCCCCUCGUCGCUGAGCCCUGUAGGAUGAAUGUCCCAAAACCAUUAGUCCUUGAUCCGAAUGCUUACAUCAACGGUGAUAAUAACAACAUAGUUAACACGAAUCGCCCGAUGUCACCUAGGCAUAGGAGGUUCUUUAGUGUGUCGACCAUUGUUGCGAUUUCCGCUGCUUUGUUGAUAGUCUUCGGGGUUUUAGUUGUGAGUCUGCUCAAUAUUUCUGCCCGACGAAGGAUUGGGCUAUUGGAGAAUGCACUAGAAAGCAUCUGCUCAAGCUCGACGAAAUCAAGCAGUCCUGCAAUUGGUAAGACUGUGUUGUUUGGCUCCAGAAGCAAUCUGAAGUCAGAAGAUUUGGUCAGUGCUGAAUCGUUACUUAACAAAGCAGUCGAAAUUGGAAGAGGCGCAUUUGGGACUGUCUACAAAUCAUUGAUAGCUGAAGGAAGGAUCGUUGCAAUCAAGAAGUUGUUAACCCCGAACAUAGUUCCUUACCACGAAGAUUUUGAUAGAGAAGUUCGAGUUCUAGCAAAAGCAAGGCAUCCCAAUGUCAUGCCGGUCAAAGGCUACUACUGGACUCCUCAACUCCAGCUACUACUAUCAGAUUAUGCCCACAAUGGAAGUCUACAAUCAAGACUGUACAAGUCAGAUAAUCCUCUUCCAUGGCCUAAUCGGUUCAAAAUCGUGCUAGGAAUGGCAAAAGGGCUAGCUUACCUUCACCAAUCCUUCCGUCCUUCGAUCAUACACUACAAUGUCAAGCCAAGCAACAUCCUUCUUGAUUCAAAUGACAAUCCAAUGGUUUCAGACUUCGGGCUAGCCAAAUUGUUACCGAAGCUUGACAAGCACAUAAUGAGCAGUCGAUUUCAGACUGCAGUUGGCUACGUCGCGCCCGAGCUAGCAUGCCAAAGCCUGAGAAUCAACGAGAAAUGUGAUGUUUAUGCAUACGGUGUAGUUGUUCUUGAAUUGGUGACUGGAAAGAAACCUGUAGUCUAUGGGGAGGAUGAUGUUGUGAUAUUGAUCGAUAUGGUGAGAUUGAUGCUGGAGCAAGGGAAUGUGUUGGAUUGCGUCGAUGAAAUGAUGGGGGACUUUCCGGAGGAGGAAGUGCUGCCGGUGCUGAAGCUGGGGUUGGUGUGCGCGUCACAGAUACCAUCGAGUAGGCCCACGAUGGCUGAGGUUGUGCAGAUAUUGCAGGUUAUUAAGACUCCUGUGGCUUUGGAGGGAAUGGAAGGAUUUUGAUUCUUGAUUAGUUUUCGGCGGUGUAGUACUGUUUGUUUCUUUUAUUUGGCUUGAAAUUGUAUGAAUUGUUGCUUAGCUUGGUGGCUAUGGGGCACCUGUGGCUUGAUGCAUAUCUCUUUGUUGCUGGUUAGAUGGCUUCCAUUACUCAAUAACUCCUGCUCUGUUCA